AUGAAGGCGUUGCAUAAUGGAUGCAAUCCUUGUAGCCGUGCGCAGAAGUUGUUUAUGUCUGUCUAAUACUUUUUUGAUAUCACCAGGAUUUUGAUACAAAAGUAAUACGAGAAGUUUGCGACUAGCAGGUCGCUUGUCCAGUUCCUUAAAAGCCCUUUCAAAUCCAGGAAGCAAUUUUUUUCCUCUUCCAUCAGUGCUUGCAUCCCAGUACUUGUGUGUAAUACCAUACAUGUGUCAUCCAUUUCAACAGACAUAGUUACAUGA